AUGUCGAAUGAGAAUUUCUACCUCCGAUACUACUCAGGUCACUCUGGGCGGUUUGGACAUGAGUUCCUAGAGUUUGACCUCCGUACCAUUUCCGAAGGUAACAGUGCCGCCGUACGAUAUGCGAACAAUUCGAAUUACCGCAAUGAUUCCCUCAUCCGCAAAGAAAUGUGCGUGAGCGAUGCGCUGGUAGAGGAAGUGAAGCGCAUUAUCAAGGAUAGCGAGAUCCUCAAGGAGGAUGACUCCAAGUGGCCCCAGAAGAACAAGGACGGACGCCAAGAGCUGGAGAUUCGCAUCGGAAACGAGCACAUUUCCUUCGAGACCGCCAAGAUCGGCUCGCUAGUCGACGUGACCGAAUCGGACGACCCCGAAGGACUUCGGGUCUUUUACUAUCUUGUGCAGGACCUAAAGGCCCUUGUCUUCUCGCUGAUCUCUCUUCACUUCAAGAUCAAGCCCAUCUGA